ACCUGCAGACUGGAUACAAGGCAUAUAAAACAGGGGCAAGGCACAGACUGAUCACAGAGCAAUCAUCACCAAGCCUGAAAUAACUGCACUGAUUCUGUUGGAAGCUUACUGAGGUAGUCAGGGAAUAAGGAUGGAGGAACGAAUGAACGCUCUCCAUGAUUUUGGGAUCCAGUCAACGCACUAUCUCCAGGUGAAUUACCAAGAUUCCCAGGACUGGUUCAUCUUGGUGUCUGUGAUUGCUGACCUCAGGAAUGCCUUCUAUGUCCUCUUCCCCAUUUGGUUCCAUCUUCAAGAAGCCGUGGGCAUCAAACUUCUCUGGGUAGCUGUGAUUGGAGACUGGCUCAAUCUUGUCUUUAAGUGGAUUCUCUUUGGACAGCGCCCAUAUUGGUGGGUCCUGGACACUGACUACUACCACAACAGCUCUGUGCCAUUGAUAAAGCAGUUCCCUGUCACCUGUGAGACGGGGCCAGGGAGUCCUUCUGGCCAUGCUAUGGGUGCAGCAGGCGUGUACUACGUGAUGGUCACAUCUACCCUCACCAUCUUUCGGAGAAAGAAGCCGACAUACCGAUUUCAGUGCUUGAAUAUCAUCCUAUGGUUGGGAUACUGGGCUGUGCAGUUGAAUGUCUGUCUGUCACGGAUCUACCUUGCAGCUCACUUUCCUCACCAGGUUGUGGCUGGCGUCCUGUCAGGCAUUGCUGUUGCUGAGACCUUCAACCACAUCCAGAGCAUCUACAGGGCCAGUCUCAAGAAAUAUUUUUUCAUUACCUUCUUCUUGUUCAGCUUUGCCAUUGGAUUUUACCUGCUGCUUAAGGGGCUGGGGGUGGACCUCUUGUGGACUGUGGAGAAAGCCAAGAGAUGGUGUCAACAGCCAGAAUGGGUCCAUAUUGACACUACACCCUUUGCCAGCCUCCUCAAAAACCUGGGGACCCUCUUUGGCCUGGGGCUGGCUCUCAACUCCAGCAUGUACAAGGAGAGUUGCAAGGGAAAAUCCAGCAAGGCGCUCUCAUUCCGUCUCAGCUGUAUCGUGGUCUCCCUUGUGCUCCUGCACCUCUUCGACUCUUUGAAACCCCCCUCCAAAAUCGAGCUGAUCUUCUAUGCCUUGUCCUUCUGCAAGAGUGCCACAGUGCCGUUGGCCUCUGUCAGUCUCAUCCCCUACUGCCUUUCCCGGUUCCUGGGCCAGUCACACAAGAAGUCUUUGUAAAGCA